AUGCCUCGUGACAAGUCCCAUCGCCGAUCUGAGGCUGCCAAGCGUCGCAUGGCAGAGCGUCGAAUUAGGAUCGGCGUACCUCAGAGAGAGUCCAGACGUGGAACCGGCUGGCGACACCGAGUCAACCCGUGGAAAGUCUCACCGCACACUGGACGCUUCCACAAGCUCCAUGUGCCACCCCGUUGCUUUGACCCUGGCAAGAAGUUUGUUCUGCUUGUCGGGGCGUCACACCUGCGUUCCAUCGCAGACGAAAUUGUUAGGGAGCAGGAUGGCUGCCUUGCCUUUGGCGCCAUGUCCACUCCUGGAGCCUGUGCUGACCAGCUGCGGAUGGAGGUUGUGCAGGCCUCUCUUCCCCUUCAGCCUAAGCUGGUCAUUGUCAUGGCUCCCAGCAACAACCUCACGGCCAGUCGGACAAUUGAAGAGGCGGGACUAGCUUUUUGGCGUUACCUGGCCACAGUGUGCACCAUUUUCCCUUGCAAGGUGUGUGUUGCUGACAUGGUCCCGCGCCUGACGGUUCCAGGGGAUUAUCAAGAACUCAUGAGGCAGGAGUUCCACCGUGUGGCAGCAAGUCUGAAUGUUAGCUACAUUUCCACAGCUGACCACUUCCCCCUGGACCGUCUCGAGCUGUGGUGCCCUGAUGGGGUCCACCUCAGUGACGACUAUGGGAUGCCAAAACUCGUGGAGCUGCUGUGGGUUGCCUCCUACCAGCAGCUGGAGACACCAGCACCUUCGCCACAGGUGCAACACCAGGUGUCUCCAAAGCCAUACGUCCCGAGGUUUGCUCCCAAACUGGUAGUGAAGGGGGAGGUUCGUGCUCCCAGGCCAACCCCUUCAGAGUGGACACUUGUGGAACUGGGCAGGAAGAGGAACCAUUCUGGGAACCCUGAGGAUUCCUCUGGGGUGUCCAAGAAAAGAGUGGUUCACUGUGGAUGGUGCUCCUGUGGCUCUUAA